ACCAAGAGUGCGCUAUUCCAAGAUAAACGACGGCUCUACUGCAGGACGAAGAAGAGAACUGUCUGUUUUUAAUUACUUUUAUUUUAAUUCUUUAAUCUUUAAAAAACUUUCCUCCACACCGCGGCCGUUAUGAACACACUGAGCGGACAGUUCAUGUCCUCUGUAUCUCCGCUGUACCUGAAAAACAGGAUUCUUCUCUAAGAAAUGGAAAACCUGGACGAGGACUCUGAACCUUUAAUGAACGUGUGAGCUGCAUCAGUAAACCUGGAAUAUGAUUUCAUAUUGAACUACCAAGUGCAGAACGGUCAACAGCAUGAAACAUACUUAUGAAAUAAUUUUGAAAUAAAUUAUGAUCUAAAACCAGUGAAGUAAGACAGAUGAAAUGUGCAGGAGAAACAUUUUGCAUUCUUUACUAGAAGAGACUGAAUCAGCGCUUUCAUCAUGAUCUCUGGUUUGCAGAUCAUCUUUAUUUUUGCAGCUAUUUUUUUAUCAAAUUUUGAAAUGUGUUUUUGUGCAUGUGCCCGGGCUGAGUAUGAGAUAAAUGGAGAGUGUUGUCCAAUGUGUGCACCAGGAAAUCAUGUUUAUCGGCACUGUACUGUGGAUACAAGCACUACAUGUGUUCCAUGUCUUCAUUCAACAUACCUUGAUGCACCCAAUGGCCUUGCAGAAUGCUUUAGCUGUGCAGUGUGUGAUACUGGUCAGGGUUUAAGAGAAAAGACUCCCUGCACGCGAUCAUCAAACACAGUCUGUGAGCCACUAGACGGACAUUAUUGUACUGAUCAACUGGGAGGCAGCUGUAUACGAACUAUAAAACACAAAAACUGCAGCCCUGGACAAUAUAUAAAGCACAGAGGAACAUCGUUUAAAGAUACUGAAUGUGAUGAAUGUGCAGACGGUACCUUCUCAAAUGGCUCUCUUCAGAUUUGUCAGCCACAUUCAAUAUGUGAAGGACUGGGACUCACAGAAAUAAAGGCAGGAACAUGUUCUUCUGAUGCUCAAUGUGGAAAGAAAACUUCAGCUGCUCUUAUAGCUAGAAUCAUAUUUCUUGUUCUCAUUGUGGCUGUGGCUGUAGCAGUUAUCGUGUUUGUCAAAAUUAAAUAUAAGACUUUUUCAUGUCGAGACUGGUUUAAGACUCAACCAACUGAGAAUAACCACACAACUCCAGUAGAAGAAACUGGAUUUCAGCAAUCUACGGCACUCUCAUCAGUGAUGCCAAUGUUGACUAAGCAUCCAGACAGUGAGCACCCUGAUCAGUCACACCUAAACACGAGCAGCUCUGGCAAUCCUGCAAUCUAAACUUGCUGUCUUGUUUUUUAAGAUAGCCCUAAGAAGAGCACCAUGGUAGCCCUGGUCAUUUCCUAUUGAGAACAGCUCUCAGAAUACAGAACAGUGGAACUGGCCAAUCAUGGAAUGCUUGUGAUCCUGAGGAGUAUGGAACGAACUCUGGCUCUAUGCAGUGCAGGCCUGAAGACUGUGUGAUGCUGAAGAAACUGGUGUAGCUCUGUGGUGUUCCACUUUUUGUCUGCCACAGGAUCUACAACAGGAAGCGGUUUGUCAACUGUUCAGAUUGAGCAACUGAUUCUUUUACCAUUUUAGGGUUUUGUAAAUGCUGUUUGUAAAUAAUGACUAUUUCAGUGACCUCAUAUUACUCUAGAGAUGCGUGUCCAACUAAUGGUAACCUAUUUUUAACCCUUAAAAGACCAAGAUUUGCCGACAGUUUUAUGUUUUUGCCACACACUGCUACAACUUCUGAAUAACGCAGUUUGCAUUAUAUUUCUAGCAGUAAUUAAAUUAUAACGUACAGACUAGGGAGAUAUUUCUAUAUUACUAGGGAGAUAGUUUUAUACAUUCCUUCAAAAUCUUUUGCACAGCAGAAACAGUUGCCUUUCAUCUUACAGUGUGACAUCUCUUUAACCAUACUAAUGUAAUAUUUUCUA